GAUGAGAUGAAAAUGGAUGAUCGGCUAAAUCGGGCGAGUUGAUCGCAGACUAUUGGAGCGCAUCAACGUUGCAAAUGGAUGGGCCAUAUAUAUACACACACAUAUAUAUACCGUGGCAGGUAGUAUCAGAUAAAUAACAACGGUCAUAUUGUACGGAUACGGACCCCUAGAAUUGCACUACCUAGAUAGUCAGGUGGAUGGGAUGUGACAACGAUUGAACGAGAUAUAUUAAGUAGAUGUGUAGCUUGUAUCCACGGUGGGAAUUCCAAUAUGGUUCCUGUAUAGAGUCCGCUGAUUACUCUCCUCUACGACCGUAGAAGUAUAUGUCAAUUGCGAGAUGCUAUUUAAUAUUAGCUCCCUGAGAGCAAGCUUGCUCUUGCUAGUAGCGACCACAGCGAGUGCCACUUUGCAGAUCAUCCCCGGCUCGACUUGGACAGCUACAAACACAGGCGCGCACGUGCAAGCCCAUGGAGCGGGCAUCAUCAAGGUUGGAUCGACUUACUACAUGGUAGGAGAGGACAAGACAAGCGGAUCAGCCUUCCAGAACAUCAACUGCUAUUCCUCGACGAACCUGGUAGAAUGGACCUACGUCGGCGCAUUGCUGUCGCGGACGAGCUCCGGCGAUCUAGGGCCGAACCGCGUCGUCGAGAGGCCCAAGGUGAUCUACAACGACUCGACGAAGCAAUACGUGCUAUACAUGCACAUUGACAGCAGCAACUACGGCGAGGCAAAAGUCGGCGUCGCAACAGGGAACUCGGUCUGCGGAUCCUACACGUACCGGGGAAGCUUCCAGCCCUUGGGACACCAGAGUCGGGACUUGGGACUCUUCAAGGACGAUGACGGAAGCGCGUAUCUGUUGACAGAGGAUCGCGCGAACGGACUUCGCAUCGAGAAGCUCAGCGCAGACUACCUCUCAGUAGCAAGCUCGACAUACCUCUGGCCCGACUCGAUCGAGGCGCCCGCGAUCCUCAAGCGCCAGGGGACAUACUACAUGUUCGGCUCCAAAUUAACAGGGUGGGACCCCAACGACAACGUCUACAGCACGGCGCGGUCUCUCUCCGGCCCUUGGUCCGCGUGGAAGACGUUCGCGGACUCGGGCUCGAAGACAUACUCGUCGCAAACGACCUUCAUCCUCCCCUUCGGCAACGACGCGAUCUACCUAGGCGACCGCUGGGUGUCGUCGAACCUGAUGCGCAGCACGUACGUCUGGCUCCCGCUCGCGUUCUCGGGCACCACGGUCUCGAUGAAGAACUACGUGAACUGGACGCCGGAUGUAAGCGCGGGGACAUGGGCGGCGGCGCCAAGCGAGUCGCAGCCCGAAGCCGAGAGCGCGACCAUCGCCAACGGCGCGCGCACGCUGUCGUGCUCUGGGUGCAGCGGCGGGACGAGCGUGGGAUACAUCGGGGGCAGCGCCGGCGGGUCCGUCACGUUCAGCGGGAUCACGAGCAGUGCGUCGACGAGGACCUCGAUCCGCAUCAGGCACCUCAACGGCGACAGCGCGCAGCGCUUCGCGACGGUGACUGUCAAUGGCGUCGGUCAGAAAGUUGCGUUCCUGCCCACGGAUGGCGGGUCGACGCCCGGGACGAGUGUUUUGAAUGCGAAUCUGAAUAGCGGCUCGUCGAACACGGUGGUUAUUACUACGACGGAUGGCACUUGGGGGCCGGAUGUUGAUCGGAUUAUGGUGCCUGACAGUUGAGGAGGUGGGAUUGGUUUCUCUACCUGCUUUAUGCUUGGGGAUGAAAGGGGAGCUGUAACCCCCUAUCACUACUUAGGUGUAUAUUUCGCAUUUAAAACUCUUGCACAAAGUUGAUGGACUUGAUCUAUCUGUUUGCGUGGCACGCU